CUUGCCAGAGAUGCAGAGUCAACUCAACGACAAGAACGCUUUGGCACAGCAUGCAGUGUCACUCUUUUUUUGAGUGGCAGUGCUCUGCAUGCCACGCCACCAUGGGGGGGCAUUCUAAAGGCGUUUCCCUUGAAGUGUGGUAAGAUGCAAUAGGAAGAUCUUAAAUAACAGCUGCAACAGAAGACGUGGUCCGAACAUUUUGACCUCAGACGCCAGAGAUUUGACACUUAUUGAAAUACGACAAAAUGAAGAAAUUCCUGAAGAACAAAAAAGGGAGAUACUCCUUACGGCAGAACAAGUCGGGUCCUCGUUAUCCACCCAAAGAAUUUUUCCUCACCAUGCCAGCAUCCAACCAGGGCUGGCCAGAGGAGUUUGGCUUUCAGAUAGGGGGGAAUGGGCCCAGUUACAUCUUGACUGUGGAGGAGGGAAGCAGCGCUCAACUGUCUGGUCUGCAACCUGGAGACCAGGUCUUGGAGAUUGAGGGGCAGAAUGUUUCCAGUCUCAGUGCUCAAGAAGUCAUUGCUCUUGCCCAAUCGCAAAGAAACAUCCCGCCCAGUAUUGGAGUAGUCUCACGGAUACAACAGGUGGAUAUCAUUCCAGGCCCUGAUGGUCGCUUUGGAUUCACUAUAGUGGGAGACUGCCCCCUGCUGGUGGAGGAUUGCUCCCCAUGCUCGCCAGCUGGCCGUAGUGGUCUCAGGGCUGGAGAUUAUGUCAUGGAGGUGAAUGGUAUCCCCGUGAAGCACCAUGAGAUGGCUGCAGCUUUGAUUAAAGCCUCUCAAGGCAGAACGCUGCGUCUUGGGGUGCUUUGUAUGGGUAGUCGUCAGAAACGCAGCAGUGGCAGUCUAGAGGAGCCUAAAAAAGGCACAGACGGUAUGCACCAGGACCGCAAGCACAAGGCUCUGGAGUUUAACAUGAGGGUUGAGGAGAUUUUGAGGGAUGAGCCAGAGGUGAAGGAGAAGCUCUUUGCUGUACUGAAACAGUUUGCUGCUGAGAGGAAGGUGGAUUGGCUUGCUUCCGUUAUUCCUGACAUCUUGGAGACUGAAGAGCAGCAACAGCUCAUCUCAAACAUCAGGAUCUUCAUUCCCAAGAAGCAUCGCCAGCGCUUUGACGAGGCCGUCUCGCAGAGUCUCCUCAACCGUAUGUGCCGUAGCAAGAGCAUAACUGAGCCUCAAAACAGGCUCCGACGCAGCCGAAGUCAAGACCACCAUGAGCGUCCGCAGGGCUCUAAACGGGCCAGCUCUGUGCCCAGAGAUACUGGGGAUGACCCAGCCCAACCCGAGCGUGGCCUUAAGAAGAGCACCUCUAUGAUCCCCAGUCACUAUGCCACUGGAGGUAACCAGAGAACCAUCCGUGUAUACAGGGGGAAGAAGAGUUUUGGGUUUACUCUGAGAGGCCAUGCUCCUGUGUGGAUCGACUCAGUAAUGCCAGGUAGUCCAGCCGAGGCAUGUGGCCUUAAACCAGGAGACCGCAUAUUGUUCCUCAAUGGACUAGACAUGAGGAACUGCUCCCAUGAGAAGGUGGUGUCCAUGCUGCAGGGCAGUGGUGCCAUGCCCACUCUAGUAGUGGAAGAGGGCCCAGUAGAUUAUCCACCCUCAGACUCAGAGCCAGAGGAGGCACCCACCCUUCCCCGCUCGCGCUCCCCAGCCCUCAGCUCCUUGCAGUGGGUUGCUGAAAUCCUGCCCCCCAGCAUCCGCGUGCAUGGCCGUACCUUCAGCCAGCAACUUGAACACCUCCUCACAAUACAAGAAAGAUACACCAUUUGCAAAGCCCUGGAGACCUUCUUCCAGCACAGGAAUGUGGACACACUCAUAGUAGAUGUGUUUCCUGUGCUGGACACUCCGGCCAAGCAGCUCAUUUGGCAGUUCAUUUACCAGUUACUGACAUAUGAAGAGCAGGAGCACUGCAAGAGCAAGAUCGCACGCUUCCUGGGCUUCAAGAGUGCAGAACCAGAAGUAGGUCCAGAGACCCACAGACGGAGCAGCUCCAUGCGAGUGUCAGGUUCCUCUCACAAAAACACUGUGAGAGAGAGAAGCUCAGACGACUGCAUUAUCGGCACUCAUCUCGGAAUGGGAACAUUCACUGACCCUGUGACUCCAGAGGAAAGACAGUGUGGGGAUGGGACUUCCUUCCCAGAGUCCCCAGAUCUCAGCCACAUGUCAGGAGUGUACACGGAGCUUGGGAAUGUUUACGACGGGAAAAGCAACAAGUCUCUCCAGAUUCACUCCUCACCCAGGGCUGUCGGCAUGAGCCAUGCAGAGAACAAUACAUACACUCAGUCUUUCACACUCAGUAAUUCAGGGAACUGUAAGUCGGGCCUCUCUCUUUCAUGGACUGAAUCUUUUCCUGGCACUCAGUUUGAGCCUUACCAGCAGACCAUUCCUUCUCCAGGCAGUGCGGACUCUAAUCCCUAUGUUAGUUUGGACAGCCCCCCUCCUUACCCUCUGCCUUCUGAUGAGCCCCCCAGCUCUCUGCCCCACCGCAGGAAACUCUUUACAUUCUCACGGCCACCUCGCAGCCGAGACACCGACAAGUUCCUGGACGCUCUGAGUGAGCAGUUGGGCCACCGCAUCAAUAUCGUGGAUGACUUUAAGGGAGGAGAGAAUGACUAUGAGGAGAUGAGUUUCCAGGAUGAGCAAGAAGUGAACAUGCCUCACGAGCUGAGCAGUGCUAGCAGUGAAGACCACAGCAGCAGCGAUGACUCCACCUCAGUCACAUAUUCCUCAGGCUCUGACCAUAUCCCGCCUCCUCCACAGAGCCCUCCGCCCCCGCCACCUCCCCUCCAGUUCAUUGACCCUCCGUCACCCAUUCCCCUUACCCUAGAACACCUGCCCCAGCCUCCCCCAGCCUUCCAGCACCAUCCUAUUAUAGCCCCGCCUCCACCGCCACCCCGCCCCUUUCUCACUAACCGCCCCUCCCUGUACAAGGUGCUGCGCACCAAUGAGGAGCUCAGAGCCCAGCACACCCAUCCUCGACGCUCAAUUCCCCAGCCCAGCGUUCAACCGGUUCUCCAAUUACACCAACCGAAGGCUCACCCCAUCCUGCAGUCAUCCCCCCACACUUCCCCUCAGCCCCCACGCACAACAGUACAGCACACCUACCUACGACAUCACACCCAGUCCAUAUACCAAACCCAGCAGACUUCUGCUACCAGGACCUCUCCAAGUCUGUCCAAACAACAGAGCCUCCAUUCCCAACCUUCGCAGCAAACCUUCGAAAGCACACUGUCAAGCAAGGUACCCCCACCACCCCCACCUCCUCUACCCCCACCUUGUGAUCCUCCACCUUUACCCAAAUCCAGCCCGAAAGCAUCUGACAACAACCACAUGAGUGUUAAGAGACUGCGCUGGGAGCAGGUGGAGAACUCAGAGGGAACUAUCUGGGGACAGCUUGGAGAUGAUCCUGAUUAUCAUAAACUGAGUGACAUGGUGAAGUACCUGGAUCUGGAUCUGUACUUUGGCACGCAGAGGAAUUCUAUCUCUCUUCCAGAGCCCACCUUCCUGCCUGAGAACUUUAAAAAGAAAGACGUGGUUGAGAUUCUCUCCCAUAAAAAGGCCUACAACGCUUCUAUCCUCAUAGCGCAUCUGAAGCUGUCCCCGAAGGAACUACGUGAAACCCUCAUGACUAUGAGCACUGAGCGGCUGGAGCCCUCACACAUAAAACAACUGUUGCUGUAUGCUCCCGACGAUGAGGAGGUCAAACAAUUCCAGCAUUACAACCAGGACCCAGCCAAGCUCAGUGAGCCCGACCAGUUUGUCCUACAGAUGCUGCUUGUUCCCGAGUAUAAAACCAGGUUGAGGAGUCUUCUUUUUAAGACCACUCUGCAGGAGAAAACCGAUGAAAUGAGAGCUUCUUAUGACUGCAUCUACAAAGCCUCAUUAGAGCUCAAAAACAGCAAGAGGUUGGCCAAGAUCCUGGAGUUUGUAUUAGCAAUGGGAAAUUAUCUGAAUAAUGGUCAACCCAAGACGAAUAAAACAACAGGGUUCAAAAUCAAUUUUCUUACUGAGCUAAACACUACAAAAACAGUUGAUGGAAAGUCAACCUUCCUCCAUAUUCUUGCCAAAUCACUAUGCCAACACUUCCCAGAACUCCUCGGCUUCGCCAGGGACCUCAUAACCGUGCCUGUAGCUGCUAAAGUCAAUCAGAGGACCAUUACUGCUGACCUCAGUGACCUUCAUUCUACCAUCCAGGACAUAAGAACUGCCUGUUUAAAGAUCCCAGCUACUGCAGAGGAUCGCUUUGCAGCAGUUAUGAGUAGCUUCCUGGAAAACUCUCAUCCAGCUGUGCAAUCUCUGGACUCCUUGCAGCAAAGAGCUAUGGAUGAGUUUAAUAAGGUGGCCUCUUACUUUGGAGAAGACAGUAAGGCCACCAACACUGAAACCUUCUUUGGUAUCUUUGCUGAGUUUAUCUCCAAAUUUGAGAGAGCACUUGGUGAGAUACAGGGAACAGAAAACCCUAAAAGCCCCCGAAUAGCCUCACCACUGGUAUGGUGAAGCCAGGUUUAACAGUAUAUGCGCUCUCUAAUUAAGGAUCCCUAUGUGCCAACAAAAUCACAGAGAACUUGAUAGGAUGGAAGGAGACAAACCUUACUUUGUCUUGUAUGAAUUAAAAGUAUCUUUAGAAUAAAGAAUAUAUAUUUUAUACAGAUAUGUUAAUAAAGAUAUGGAAAGUAUAUUAAUAUAGCUUAAUUAAAAUAAAUAGUUUUGAGAUUUCUAGCAGCUUGAGAAUGUAACAGGAACAUUAACAUUUCUUUAAGAUAAUGGUAUUUUUGAAGGUAUAUUUUGGUAUUUUGGUUCACAAGUGGACAAUAGAUCCUUCCUAUGAUUCAGGGAUGGUCUGUUGUCCUGCAUUGGUAAACACUGGCCAGAAGAACUUUAUAACUGCACACCAGACCACAAAGGUGAAUGAAUGUUUAACUUAUAAUAAUGCCAAAUGUAUUUUAACACAAAAAUGUAAACGAGUUUUAAAUCCUGCACAGUAUUAGUGCUCUACACCAAUAUCACCCUUCAUACGUAUGCUUUGGAACAUAAGUGAAGAUUAAGCUAUUUUGUCCUUUUCCAGAACUCUGAUACUUUAAUGUAAUGCAAGAUUAGUGAUACAGUUGAUCAGUGGUUACAUCGUGCAUGAGAAUCUGCGGUAUGUUUUACAUUAUGGAAUUGGUUUACAUCUAUGACAAUGAUCUCUCUUGCUAUGAAGAUUCUAAGUUAAAAGACAAUGCUAAAGUGACACAUUUCUUAUUACAUUUCAGAAGGGUACACAUUCAAUCUGUUUCAUUCAAAAACCAUUAUGUAGCGUGUCUGUCUACGUUAGGUACUUUUGUUUAAGUUAACAUGAUGCAUUUCUUCCUGAUGUCUUUUGUUCUUUAGAAAUGCAUGACCUUCCUUAUCGCCUGUCUUUGUGUCAAAACAACAUGCACUGUAUGUGUGUUUUUCUUAGUUCCUCGUCAGAACCUCCAUAAUCUCUGGAAAUCAAAAACAAUUUGCAUUUGCACGUAGCAGAGUGUUUUAUUUCUAUUUAUAUAAUGUAUUAGCCUAUUCGUUUUGGUUGUUUAUGUACUGUAUCUAUUUGUUAUAUUGAACUACUGUUUUACCAAAUUACUUAAAUGUUUGUGUACAAAUUGUUGGCAUGACUAGCCUAGUGUUUUCCUGAGCAGUUCUAUAUUGGCUUCAGUAUUGAAUGGCCACAUAUUGCUGCAUUUUAAUGAGAUGUCUAAUUUGUUUUGCCUGAAUAAAUAAGCUUUUGCGGACAUUCAUGUGUGUAUAAUUCAUUUGUACUGUAGCCAUAUCCACAUAUAGUGGGAGUAGUGCCAUAUAAAUUGUCUUAAAAUUAAAUUAAUUGGUUCAUUUUAAAUGAUGGAUGGUUAAAGUAAAUGGCACUUUUUCAAUUCAAUCUAAAAAAUCUAUUUAAAAAUGAUUUAAAAUGUAUUGGUUUUUUUUAUUUAACUACGUUUUUAUUCUUGAAUUAAAGGUGUAUAUGUCAAUUUGUAGUGAUUUUUUAAAUGUUAUUUUCAAAAAAGGCUACUAUACAUUAAGUUGCACUCCUUGUUCUGCAUAUCUGCUAUGAACAUAACGACCUUGUUACUAGGCAAUGCUAUAAGAGCUUCAAAUACCAACGAUCUGUUAUUAUAUAUAGAUUUGUCACCAUACUGAGUGAAGAUACUCACUGGUA